GACGUAACCGCGAAGCCUGUCAAUACGGUGAAGAAAUGCAGCGUUUGCCGCAGCGGGCUCCGUGGAGCUUUGCGAAAUCCUCGCGUCUUUUUUGAAGCUGGGAAAUGGCCUCGCUCCAGCAGUACAGGUUUACUCGCCAGUGCGCCGCAGACGACGCGCGGCUUUGAAGACAGCGAGUGGGCAAAAGCGCUCGGCUCAGCCGUCGCCAUCCGAGCAAAACUGGGUUCGUGGACGGACGGACGGACGAAAGCAGACAACAGGAUCUGGACACGUUUACACAGACCUAUGAGACUCUUAUCAGGUGAGAGAUGGAUAUGAGAGAGGUGUAUGUGGUGGCCGGCAGCUUCGUGGGCUUCCAGCUCUUCUUCUCGUGCCUCAGUCCGGUUCUGUCUUCCAACUUCACGCAGGGUUAUGGGAAACUUCCUCCAAACAAACUCAACGACUGGAACUCCAGGCUGGUGUCCACUGUCCACGCGCUGAUUGUGGGGCUGUUCUGUCUCUAUAUCCUCUGGUACGACGAUGCCGUCAAUGAAGACCCCGUCUGGGGUAACCCUAACAUGGUUAAGCUCAAUGUGGCCAUCACCUGUGGAUACUUGUUUUAUGACCUGGUGCUUCUGGCUUGUAACUGGAGCACCAUGGGUGACAUCUUUUUUGUCUGUCACCACUUGGCGGCGCUGUACGCUUAUGGAUUUGUGCUGUCACGUGGAGUGCUUCCUUAUUUCGCGAACUUCCGACUGAUUUCAGAACUGUCGACGCCGUUUGUGAAUCAAAGGUGGUUUUUCGAAGCGUUAUCUUACCCUCGUACUCACCAGCUGGUUGUGGCCAACGGCGUGGCAAUGGCGGUGGUGUUCUUCCUCGUGCGGAUCGCCGUGAUGCCGCCCUACUGGGCCAAAGUGUUCGGCACCUUCGGUACGCCAGCAUUUGAAAGGCUCGGCCUGGCAGCUCAGGUGGCCUGGAUCGUGUCCUGCGUCUGUUUGGAUAUCCUCAACACAAUCUGGAUGUACAAAAUCGCCCGCGGCUGCUACAAGGUCAUUACCGGCAAGCUAAGAGGAGGCAAAGGGGACUCCAAAAAGACCAGUUACACCAACAACCACACAGACUGAGAAUCACAACGGCCGAUUAGAUCAGACGUAUUCUCUUCCCAGAGUAUAACAACUUCUGAGUCUUUCCAUUGCGCUCUGGAUGGAUGGACGUGCUCUCGAAACAGAGCGUUCAUCCUCCCAGUGUGGUUUUAGCCUCUACUUCACGUACAGACUCUGACUUCACCUGCACUGGUAGAAGUCAAGCAGAUAAAACUAACCCGUUAUGCCUCAAGCACAACCAAAGUGCCUCCAAGCAUGAGGAGAAGCAAUAGAGCAUGAGCUUAUGACCGCUCGGAUCUCCAUCGCAAAGCCUUAACCAGUCAGCACCCGUCCGCGUCCUUCUCGAAACCAACCGCGGUCGCUUUGUGAGCCGCGUUUCCUGUGUUAUAUAUUUACACUCAUGUGCCUCCGAGGUCUCCAACACCCACCACUUGUUGAGCAUUCGGGGCGGGAUGUGCUCACCAGCUUCAUUCAUUUUUUUUUUUCGUCAUCGCCAGUCGGACCGGUUGCAAACCUCAGAUCUACCUCUCUCUCACCGUGUCAAGCACAAGUGCAGAACCUGCCCAUCUCAACGCGAACACUCGAGGAGCACCAUCUCGAAAAAGACAGUCCGUGAGAAUCAAACGCUUGGCUCUUACAGUCACUCUUCACAGGCGUGGAAACGGAGUAAAAGGUGGUAUCUGUUUCACGUGUGUGCGUACUUCAUUUCUGACCGCGCGAGGUCACCUUCGCGCUAGAUUCGCGGAAAUCUGUUUCUCAGGUUAGCGCCUUUUCCCCUUUUUCUCCGACAUGCUACACUGAACCAGACUGAGCAGAUUUGAAGAAGGAUUUUCUAGACGAGUAAAAAUGUUUUCAGAAAACGAAGUACUUUUCAGCUUGAAACGAGCCUUGUCUAGACGAUCCUUCUUGAUUUAAAAAUGUAUCGAUGUUUUGGCUGGAAACGAGCCGUUCGAUGUUCGAAUCUCAAGGCUCGACGGAAACCGCUGCAAAUUCACACCUCAGUCCUGUUUUCUUCCUGCCAAAUUCAUAGUUGCUUCUUUUAUUUUUUUUCAGCUUGUUGGUCACCGGAGCUUCCAGCCUGAUGUUUAGGCUUUCGUCAUGAUGCAUGAAUGCUGUUGAGAUUCUCUUGAAUGUGAGUUCAUGUGAGCUGGGCAUGUCAACCCAUGUUGCGUUGCACUGUGGCAUUACUAUACAGUAUAUAUGUGCGUGAAAAAAAAACAUAUGCAGUACUUAUUCCUGCCAAGUAUUUGAGGAGAGCAAAGCCCUCUGUAGUCAGAGCUAGCAUUUCUCUUCAGGUACACUUUCAAAAUGAAUGUUAUUUUGACCGAGGCUGGCAGAGGAUUGUGGGAAAUGUAGUAUUUUGCCUUUUAUCUGUAAUUCGAAAUAACCAAAUCAUCCUCCAGGCCUUGAAUAUUGUGAAGCUGUGACAAUAGAGAUAUACCCGGGAGACGUUUUGGAGAAGAAAAUGGCCAUUUGGUCAUGUAAUUAUAUGUACUUAUAACGUCUGGAGUGAGCUGUAAUCUUCGUGUUUAUGGAAACGCAAAGGAGUUUAGACUUUACGGUACGACAUCAGCACAAUCGAAAUGCAUUUGUGGCAUCGAUAAUGUAAUAAUUGUAAUUUUGAAGGGCUGGUUUCGAAAAUCAUUCGUAAGUUCAUCUAUUGGACAAAUUGAUACUUUAAAAUGAUACGUUUGUUUGGCAAAAAUAGUUAAAUAUGCAUAAAAACUGACAUUUGUCUACAGUUAUUGGCGGUUUUCUAUAGAACGGACACAUAAAUGCCUGUUUCUAUAUAAGCUACAACAUACAAGUAUAUGAAAUAAUAGUAUAGAUAGGACUGUACUAGUUUAAAGCAGCUAUAGAAUUAACACAACACUAAUAUUAGUACCUCACCUAGCCUCAGAUUAGCUUAAACUCCUAUACAUCAAGGAUGGGCGAAUGUAAAAAAUGGGUAUAUCCGAAAUAAAUUAGAAGAUGGAUCCCUCAUAUUAAAUGACACCCCAUUAGCGUUUAUUGGUUUAUUGUUUACAAAGGCCUUUGUAAUAAUCUGUUCUGCACUUGCCUGCUCUGGUUUGAUCCUCAUCUAGAGCAGAUCGACAGUAUCGUAAUCAAGGCAAAAAGUGUUUUUCACAAGGAGCCCCAAAUUGUUUGUCAGUGUUUCAAGCUCACUAGGCUUUAAAAAUGGACGGUCGCCAAUUAAAUUACAUGGAUUUGUUUAGACAUUUGAAAUCGUUUUGGUACAUUGGAGGGACACAUAUUUAGCAAAAAUCUAUGAAAGGGGUUUUCUAGCUGACCAGAUUUGGAUGAGGAUUUGCCUGGUGUUCAAUGGAAUAAUAUAAAUGUGAUCAGCCCAAUGCCAGUAUUGAAACUCUAUGUAUGCGUUUAUAAUUUCAUUCUUAAAGUAGAAGUUGCUUUUAAGGAGCGAUUAUAUGAAAACUAAAAUGAGCACAGAACUGUUGGAUGAUUGUUCAGUUUUCAGAUCUCUUGAUUUGAUCGAUUUUACCUUAUUUCUUUUUCCUUUUAACACAUUACUCUUGUGGAUCCAAUCAUCUCUGGAAAUUUUAAUGUGAAAAUCGACGCCUAACAGAGGCCCCUUAGAGCCUCUGUGUCUAUACACUUUGAAACCGAUGGAUGACAUGUAUGACCACUAAUAAUAUUGUCGAAUUAGCAUACGAAAUUUGAGAAAUUACAGAUUAAUAAAUUUGAGACGAUAAAAGCA